AUGAUUCGUGAAGCUACACAUGUCAAUGUAAAACUGGAACACGAAGGUCAUUUGCGAGGUUUGUUGAGGAGGCGAAAUUCUAUGAAACGACCCAUGAUUCAACUUAAAUGUGACCCUGGAACUUUGAAACAAAAACCAGUGGAAGAGUAUACAACUCAAACUGUCAAACAGAUGCGUAGCGAAUUAAACAACAUGUUAAGAACAAUUACAGAUGCAAUUACUCAACAGUUAACUUUGAACCGACAAGUCCACUUGGAUGGAGUCAAUCAAUUGCAGAAAACCCUUCUUUCCGUACUGAGGCCAUUCGAACAAAUAGACCUACUGCAAUUAAAUAUGAUCGCGGUAAACUACUCCUUGAUAAAUAUUUACUCUUCUUGCGAGGAUAUGUAUUCAUUUUUAAUGGUGUAUUAUUCUACGAUUACAUUGUACGAAAGGGUGGAAAUUUUUCUGAGAAAAGGCCUGGAACUAGUUGAUCAACUGUACGAUCUUCUGUACUUUCAAACAACAUUGCAAUUUACGAUGGCUCGUGUACCCCUAUCAAGCAAUGGUCUUCAUAAUUUGAACCUUCUAGUUUCUACACUUCAGAAACAAGCCAUUAGUUUGAGUUCCACGGCGACAGCAUUAAUUCCUUUACAAGAAGAGCUUGAACAAGUUAAUUAUUACCACAAAUGCUGGCAACGAGCACACACCGUCCUUACCAUUUUUGCAGAGCCUCAUCGUCUGCCAAAAAAUGUUCGCAGUGAAAUUGCUUCGUGGUUUCAAAAUAUGCCCAACUGCUAUCCUAAGCAACUUAUUUUACUAAGACUGUGCCUUUGA